AUGUCGACAAAUGAUUCGAAAUUAUUUUCAUCAAUUAAAUAUUUUACAACUGGUUUUCGUGAUCCAUUACUUGAAAACAUAUUUAAACAGAAUGGUGCUAUACUAUCAUUUUAUUUAACUGAAACAACAACGCAUGUCAUAUGUGAUGAUUUUGACAGUAAUAAAAGUGAAUUAGAACAAGCUAUUGAAAUCUAUCAAACGCCAAUAGUCAAUUCAGAUUGGAUAACAGCAUGUUUAAAAUGUAAUACAUUAUUACCUAUUAAUCCAUUUCGUAGUGUUGAUAGUAAUAAUAGUGAUCAUUUAUUUCGUUCAUGUACAUUUGCAAAUGCUAAUUUAACAAAUGAAGAUCAUAAUAAAAUUUAUGCAUUAGUUACUUACUAUGGUGGCCGAUGGACAUCAAAUAUAGAUGAUUCAAAUUGUACACAUAUUAUUUGCGCAUCAGCAUUAUCAACGAAUAACCCUGAAGAUAGAAUAGUUGAUAAUCUUAAAAAUAAUCAUGUGCGUUUACAAGCUGCAUACGACGUACAAUCGGAAAAAAAUCAUUUGAUAACACCCGACUGGAUUAUUGAUUGUUUAAAUGCAAGUCGUCUAUUAGACGAAGUUGAUUAUCAUCCAGAUUUUUUGAGAGGUCCCAAUGAACCGAUGGAUGUUGAUGAAGAAGAAUUAGAGGAAGAACAAACUAAUAAUAAUCAUAAUCAAUCUAUUGAUGAACACACACCAACAAAAACAACUACUAGUGUACAUCGAUCACAGUUUAUAAUAAAAAAUUUCUUCAAUCAAUCAGAUCAAACAACACCUCCACCAUCAGCAGAACACCUAUCAGGAAUCAAUGAUGGUAGUAAUCCUCCGGAUUCAUGUGAUGCAUCACAAGUCAAAGCCUAUCCGGCAAAACGAGCUCGUACUCGAACAGCACCACGGCAACGUAAUACAAAACUUAAUUCAACAGCAACAAAUAGUUCACAUACAAAUCAAAAUGGUCAUUCAUCAACAAUUAAAGAUGGUAAUAUUUCAACAUUACCGAUUGAAGAAAAAUUAAUUCGUCCAUCAAUAUCAGCUAAUCUAUUAAAUAAUAAAACAAAUUCGCCUGUGACACGCCAUCCUUCAUUAGAAACACUUUCAUAUGAACUAAAUUAUUGUUUACAAGAUAAAAAUGAACUUGUACCAUCGUCACAAUGGUUACUCGGUUGUAUUAUCUAUAUUGAUGAAUCUGAAUAUAGUUCAAUUGUAUCAAAAGAAGAUUUAUCAGCAUGGUCAAAAAAAAUUACAGAUCACGGUGCUAUAAUAACAGAUGAUAUUAAUCAUGCUAAUUUAACACACUUUAUAUGUGCUUAUCGUACAAGUGAACGUUUUCGACACGUUUGUAAACGAGGAAAUGUUCGAACGGUUACAGCACAUUGGUUAAGUGAUGUAUUACAACGAAAAAAACUUUUCGUUCCUAAUUUGGCUAUUCAUUAUCCAUCACCAUUUCAACCGAAUGAACCAGACAAAUUACCAUUAGCAAAAUACUUUUUUACGAUGACUGGUUUUGAAGGAAUUGAACGUGCUCGUCUUCGAUAUAUGAUACGUGCAUUGGGUGGUAAAUAUUCUGGUCACUUAAGUAAAUGGCAUACACAUUUAUUAGCACGUGAAAAUGGUAAAACUAAUAAAUUUAAAAAAGCCUUCGAAUGGUCAAUACCUAUUGUCAAUGGUUUGUGGUUAUCAGAAUUAUAUCUAGGUAAUACCUGUGCACUCAAACAAUCACUAGAGGAACGUUAUAAACGUUUGAAUGGUACGCCACCCAUUGAUCAUUUUUCAUUUGAUCAAAUUUUUGUUCAUGAUUUACUUUUACCAUGGUCACAAUCUAUUCGGAUAACCGACGAAAUGCUUAAUUCAGCUAUACGCCGCCAUAAUGAACAACAACAACAACAACAACAUUUAUUAUCAAGUACUUCAGAUAUGGAUAUAGAUAAUAACUAUUUAAAAAAUUCAUAUCAUUAUCAUGAACCUAUAGAUUCAUUGAUUAAAUUAGCAAAAAAUAAUAAUGAAUCAAUAUCAAUAAUGCUUAGUGGUUUUAAUAUGAAAACAUUAAAUCAUUAUGAAACAAUAAUUAAAUCUUUAGGUGGUAAAGUAUCUACAUUACCACAUGAUGCAACACAUUUAAUAAUGAAUAGAUUUUUACGCACAGAAAAAUUAUAUGAAUGUAUUAAUUAUGCAACAUAUAUAUUGAAUAAAAAUUGGCUAGAUAAAUGUAAUGAAGAAAAAUGUUUUCUACCCAUAGAAGAAUCAGAUUGGAUAAUUGAUCAAGAAUUUAAAUCAAUAAAAAAUUUAUUUAAACAAUCAAUCGAUAAACGAAUUUAUCGGCAAAAUCUGCCAUUAUUUGAUGGCUAUUCGUUUUUCUUAACACCAAGUAUACAACCAUCAAGCAUAAUAAUUAAAUCGAUUAUCUUUUCGUCUGGUGGGCAAAUACGUCGAGAAUUUCCAACAAUAAAACAAUUGAUAACAUGUCAUGAACAAACUAAAAUACCAAAUUGUUUAAUUCUAUCUUGUGAUAAAGACAAAUUAUUAUUGAAAGAUUUACAUAAAUACAAUAAUACUGAUUUUCAAAUAAAAAUUUUAUCAAUUGAUUUUCUUCUUCAAAGUAUUUUACAACAAGAAAUACUUAAUUUGGAUUCAUUUAUUCUGAAAAUAUAA